AUGUCUUGGAAAGGCACUUUAAUAGUUUCUUAAUGGAUUGCUAAUUUAAUUAACAAAAUAUUAUUUACUUAAUUUUGGAAAAGAAAUUUAAAUGCAUUUGUAAAAUUGAAUCCUAAUUUAACAAAUUAUAACUCACGUUGGUUUAAUAGAUUUCUUACUGAAGUUGAAUCAUAUUUUUUGAGAGUUACUCUUGCUUUUUCCCUAAAGAAGAUGUUAACGUUGGCGCAAUUUCAUUAGUUGAACUAUUCUAAUUUAAGAUGA